CAACCUUGUGAAUCUUCUACUUCCUGAUCUCCUUGAGUUUUAUGAACCACCCUCCUCCCCCCACAGCGGAAUGUUUGAGGAAAUAGCUACACUGUCCUUAUCUUUUUUUUUUAAAACUAAUUAUUUCAUGUGUAUUCGUGUCUUGCCUACAUAUAUGUCUGUGUAAAGGUUGUUGGAUCCCCUGAAACUAGAGUUGCAGUUAUGAGCUGCCCUGUGGGUGCUGGGAAUCGAAUCCCGGUCCACCAGCAGACCAGCCAGGGCUCUUAACCCCUAAGCCAUCUCUCCAGUCCCUAUGCUGCCCUUGUAGGCCUCUUUUUCAGAUGUGGAAACUGAGGCCUAGAAAGACCGAAUAAACCAUGGUCUCCCAGUUAGCAAGUAGCCAGUCAGGAUUACAUCUGGUGCACUCCUGUCCCUUCCCUCGGGUAGUGGAAAUGGACUGCAGGCCUUGAGUAGCGGUAUAUUGUCCAGGGGCGUGGUCAAGGACCUGGAGGCGGGGCAUGCUGUCCCAGGGGCGGGGCCGGCGGCCGCACGGUCUUGAAGGCUUGGCUAGCUGAGUCCUUCUCCAGCCGCCCGGCAAAGGCAGGACCAUGGGCGUCCAGGAGCGGGAAGUGCGGAGGCGGCGGGGCUGAGCCCCGCUGGGACCUCCGGUCCGGCCAUGGGCGACCGCGAGCGCAACAAGAAGCGGCUGCUGGAGCUGCUGCAAGCUGCGGGCACCGGCAACACGCACUGCGCCGACUGCGGGGCUGCGGAUCCUGAUUGGGCCUCUUACAAGCUGGGGAUUUUCAUCUGUCUCCACUGCUCUGGCGUCCACCGCAACUUCCCAGAUGUCAGCAAAGUUAAAUCCGUGAGACUGGACUUCUGGGACGACAGUAUGGUGGAGUUCAUGACCAGCAAUGGGAAUCUCAACGUGAAAGCCAAAUUUGAGGCCAGAGUCCCAGCUUUCUACUACGUCCCUCAGGCCAGCGACUGCCUGGUCUUAAAGGAGCAAUGGAUUCGAGCUAAGUAUGAAAGACAAGAGUUUAUAGCUCAUGAGAAAGCUGUCUCCCCCCCAGGUGACCGAGAAGUGUUCCUGUGGAAGCGGGGACGCGACAAUGCACAGUUCCUGAGAAGGAGGUUUGUCCUUCUGGCGAGAGAAGGCCUCCUGAAGUACUACACCAAGGAGGAGGGUAAAGCCCCAAAGGCUGUCAUCCACAUCAAGGACUUGAAUGCCACCUUCCAGACAGAGAAGAUAGGCCAUCCCCAUGGGCUGCAGAUCACCUACAGGAGAGAGGGCCGCAUCAGGAACCUCUUUGUGUAUCAUGACAGCGGGAAGGAGAUAGUGGAUUGGUUCAAUGCUCUCCGUGCAGCCCGCCUGCAAUACCUAAAAUUGGCCUUUCCUGAUCUCCCAGAGUCUGAGCUCGUGCCGCUCAUCACCAGGAACUACCUCAAACAAGGCUUCAUGGAGAAGACUGGGCCCAAGCAGAGAGAACCCUUCAAGAAGAGAUGGUUUGCCCUGGAUGCCCUGGAGCGGAGGUUGCUGUAUUAUAAGAACCCCCUGGAUGCUUUUGAGCAGGGCCAGGUUUUUCUGGGAAGCCAGGAGCAGGGAUAUGGAGUGUCCGAGGACUUGCCCAAGGGUAUCCGAGGGAACCGCUGGAAGGCCGGACUCACGGUCAUCACUCCAGAACGGAAGUUCAUCUUCACCUGCCCCAGUGAGAAGGAACAACGGGAAUGGCUGGAGAGCCUGCGGGAUGUCCUGUCCAGUCCCCUGUCACACCUCAACCUCCUCACUGCAUCAGCAGAGAGUGACUGUGGCCUCAGGUGACCCGUCUCCGAAGAGCUGGCUGGGCACUGAGCACCUGAAAUCCUGGAGAAGUGUUCACCUCUGCCCUGGUUGUCCAGAAGGAAGCCCCGAGGCCAGCAGCUGCCCCUGUCCGUGAACUCUGUCAAGACCAAGGGUGUGGUUUAUCUUCUGGCUCCCAGGAUCCUUCCAGCAAACAUGUCCUAGCCGCUGGGAGCUGGUAGGAAGAAGACAGAAUUUAGCUCUCCAAGCUUAGAAGUCUUGAAGGCUUUCUCAUAUCUGCACCUAGAGACAGGUGCGGGGAUGCAUGCCUGUCGAGAGGCAGGAGUGCCUUGAGUUCAGUGCCAGCCUAGACCAUACAGGGAGUUCAAGUCCAACCUGAGUUACAUAGCAAGACCUUGUUUCAAAAAACAAAAACAAAAGCAAGCAAACAAACAGCAAUAAAAACUACAGAGAGGAGGUGGAGACAUUGUAAUAAAAAAGGACCCUCAGCAUCAAGAUUGUGCAAGUAGAAAAAAAUGUAAAAGUUUAAUCUGAACCUAACUAUGCAGAAAUAAUCAGACAUUCAAAUAUUACAUGUUACUACAAAACUAUCCUGGACUCUUCAAAUAUCAAUAUUAAAAUAUAAAAUUGGCUGGACAUGGUGAUGCAUGCCUUUAGGCCCAUGCACUCAGCAGGCAGAGGAAGGUGGAUCUCUGUGCAUUCAAGGGCAGCCUGGUCUACAUAUCAAGUUCCAGGACAGCCAGGGCUAUAUAGAGAGAAUUUGUUUAAAAAAACUGAGGGGGAGACACAGACAGACAGACCCAAGACAGGGAGGGGUAGUGGUACUAUAAUUUUAGCAUUGGGAAAGUGGAGGCAGGAAGGUCAGAGGUUCUGCUAUUAUGCAUAGAGAGCUCAAGGCUAACCUGGGCUACAUGAGACCCUGAUUCAAAGAACAAAAACCAACACCAAGUCAUCGCAACCAAAUGCAGUUUGGGAUUCUUGACUGGAACCUGGAUUUUAAAAGGGGGGCUGGAGGUGCUGGAGAGAUGCUCAGUGGUUGGGAGCACUGAUUGUUCUUCCAGAGGACCCGGGUUCAAUUCCCAGCACCCACAUGGCAGCUCACAACUGUCUGUAACUCCAUUUCCAGGAAAUCCAACAUUCUUACAGACAGACAAACAUGCAAGCAAAACACAUUUAAAAAAGGGGGGGGGGGAUUGGACAGAUAGCUUAGUGGUUAAGAACACUGAGUGCUCUUCCAGAGGACCUGAGUUCAAAUCUCAGCACCCACAUGACAGCUCAUAACUAUCUGUAACUCCAAGGUCUGACACCCUCACACAGACAUACAUGCAGGCAAAACACCAAUUCAUGUAAAAUAAUAAAAUAAAUAAAAAAAAGAGAAGCCUUGGGGCUGGAGAGAUGGCUCAGCAGUUAAGAGCACUGGCUGCUCUUCCAGAGGUCCUGAGUUCAAUUCCCAGUACCCACAUGUUAACUCACAACUGUAAUUCCAGUUCCAGGGGAUUUGACACCCUCACACCAAUACACAUAAAAUAAAAUAAAAUAAUUUAAAAAAAAAGCCUGUCCAGCCAGUGGUGGUGCACGCCUUUAAUCCCAGCACUCGGGAGGCAGAGGCAGGCAGAUCUUUAUGAGUUCGAGGCCAGCCUGGUCUACAGAGCAAGGAUCCAGGAAAGACACAAAACUACAUAGAGAAUCCCUGUCUCGGAAAAAAAAAAAAAAAAAAAAAGAAGCCACUGUAAAGGACAUAAUUGAUGUUGGAGAAAUUAGAACCUGAAUGCAUAUUAGCUAACAGUAUUGUAAAAUUGUGACAAUCAAGAUGUGUUGUAUAGAGUGUUCCUGUUCUUAGGGGACACGUGCUGAAGUAAACUCUAUUUUUUUUUUUUUUUUUUUUUUUUUUUUGGUUUUUCGAGACAGGAUUUCUCUGUGUAGCUUUGCGCCUUUCCUGGAACUCACUUGGUAGUCCAGGCUGGCCUCGAACUCACAGAGAUCCGCCUGGCUCUGCCUCCCGAGUGCUAGGAUUAAAGGCGUGAGCCACCACCGCCCGGCUUUUUUUUAUUUUAAUUUUUUUUUUUUGAAGUAAACUCUAAAUGAUGACUGCGGCCAAUUUUUAAAUGGUUCAGCUAAAAAAAAAUCAGUAUAUGUAGACAUGUACACAAAUAGAAUGCACAUGUGUGCCUAUCUAUAUCUCUAUACACACAGCACACCACUGAUGAAUCUAGAUGAAAUGUAGACGGGCAUUUAUUUUUCUACCUGUGAACAUUUUAUAUAGAUUUGAGUUUUCAUAUUAAAAAGUUGAUGAACACCUA